AUGUCUACUUCUACUUCUAUUUCUGUUCCAGUCAAACGAACAUUAGAUCAAACUGAAGACCUUUCUACAGCAAUAAUAACGAUUAAAAAAGAUUACAAUUAUUAUCUCGAAUUGACAAAUUGGCAACUUAAUUCUGAGGUUGAUGAAGAUGCAUAUGUUGAGGCGUUUCCUCUUCUUAUAGAUCGUGAAAAAUUUAUAGAAGAUUUAAAAAAUUAUUACAAAGCGAGAAAAACUAUGUUUUCUCGUAUCGAAAGAAUUCUACCUAAAGAAAAAGAUCAUGAAUCGUUUGAUGAAAUCCAAGAAUGGCGAACUACUAUAUUGCAAGGUCCUAAAUUUGGUGCAAAAAUUGCUCUUGAUAAAUCAUCUUCUGCGCCUGUUCUAUAUUACUGCUCGUAUUGUAAUCAUUUUCGAAAGAUAAAAUUUUGUAAACGCUGUAAAAAAUCUAUCAAUGAUGAUGAUUUUGAUUCCGAAUCUAACGAAUCUGUAACAUUAUCUUCAAUAACUGAAGGAUCUCAAAAAUCUCUUAAAAACAAAGGAAUUUUUGACGAUGUGAUUAAAAAUUAUUCUUCAAAAUACAUCUCAUCCCAAUCUGGAUCUGUUGAAAAUGAAUAUAUCUUUUGGUCUGAUAAUGAAUUGCGAAUGGACGAUAGUGACAACGAAUUUAUUAUUUAA